CUGACUCUUGCAAUCACAGCCCUGCAUUCAGGUGGACGCCACAGAAGAAGGCUGCUCUGCAGAUAAAGGCUUAUCACUCAGCUGAAGCCUUCAGGUGGACCCAAGCAUGGCAUUUGCAGGCCUACUGAAAGAAGAGGACAUCACUGCCGCUAUUCAGGCUUGUCAAGCUCCAGGCACUUUCACACACAAGACUUUCUUUGAACAAGUGGGGCUCUCUGUGAAGUCAAGUGCAGAGGGACAGACGGUGUUCACAGUCCUUGACCGAGACAAGAGUGGAUUUAUUGAAGAAGAAGAGCUCAAACUCUUUCUCCAGAACUUCUCUGCAGGUGCCCGAGAGCUAACAGAUUCGGAGACAAAAACAUUCCUGGCAGCUGCAGACCAUGAUGGAGAUGGCAAAAUUGGGAUGCAAGAGUUCUGCACACUUCUGAACUGAGAUAGUGACGUAUCCUCUGGACUGAUGAACACCUGUGAUGUUCUGCUUUCUUUUUGCACUCUUUCAUCCUCAACAUUGUGUCUGUAGGGAGCUAAUGAGCAUCCGAAUAUCCAGUUGCUUCAGACGAACUUUAAAACUUUGUCUCUAAUCAUUUCAUAAUUUAAUGAACUAAUGAAAUGAA